UCUUCAACAUUUUCUUGUUUUUCAUCUCUCAAUUCAAUUCGAUAAACAGCUAUGCCUGAAAGACGAUUUCGCUUUGGUUACGUACUUGCAUCGAAGAAAGUGUCAAGCUUUAUUCAAGAUUCACUCAUCAAUCACGCCCAAGAAAAUGGUAUUGAUCUAGUCCCAAUCGAUCUUGACAAACCAUUAAUCGAACAAGGUCCUUUUGAUUGUAUAUUCCAUAAGCUAUAUGGUCCAGAAUGGAGGAAACAGUUAGAAGAAUUCGCGCUUCAGAACCCAACCGCCAUUAUAGUAGAUCCAAUCGACGCCAUUGAAAAGCUUCACAAUCGGCUCACAAUGCUCGACGUCGUUAACGAAUUGAAAAUCGCCGGAGAUAACGAAACUAUCGGAAUCCCUAUUCAGAUUUUCGUUGGAGAAAAUUCGGAAUCCCUUUUAGACGCUAUUACUAGUCAAGGGUUACAUUUCCCUGUCAUUGCUAAGCCGUUGAUUGCGAAUGGUUCUGCUGAUUCUCAUCAAAUGUCUUUGGUUUUGAAGCCGGAAGGGUUAGAAGGGCUGAAACCCCCAAUUGUUUUACAGGAAUUUGUGAAUCACGGAGGAGUUAUUUUCAAGGUAUAUGUAGCUGGGGAACAUGUGAAAUGUGUGAAAAGGAGGUCAUUGCCUGAUAUUCCGGAGGAGAAAUUGGGGAUAUUAGAGAAUUUGAUAUCGUUUUCCCAGAUAUCUAAUUUGACUGCUCAAGAUCAGAAUGAUGAUAGUUUUGCUGAACUGAUUGAGAAGGCGGUGAUGCCUCCAUCGAGAUUUGUGACAGAUGUGGCUAAUCAGUUGAGGGAUGCUUUGAAGUUGCAUCUCUUUAACUUUGAUAUGAUUAGAGAUGAAAAAGUUGGGAAUCGAUAUCUUGUUAUUGAUAUCAAUUAUUUCCCUGGCUAUGCUAAAAUGCCAAACUAUGAGACUAUGAUGACUGCAUUUUUCCUAGAUAUUGCACGCGAGAAGCUAAACAACGAGUCUCGUUAGGCUUCUGAUGAUCAUUAUAGGCCAGUGUAGUGGUUAUACAGUUAGCCUUUUACUCUUUUAUUUCAAUGGCAGGUAACAAAUUUUCCAGAAAAUGGAAAAAGCUCAGCUGCAGAUGAUGC